ACCCGGAUACAAGUUUAGCCAUACCUAACAAGUUAUAAAGUUCAAGCGCUAUUGGAGCAUGGCUGUGACUUCUAGUAAGGGAGGUCGCGCAGAAUUGAUGCAACUACUAGAAAAGCUAGAAAUCCGUAGCCAAGUCGUUGAACAUCCUGCUGUGUUUACUGUGGAAGAGAUGAUGCCUCAUGUGGGGCAUCUUGUUGGAGCUCACAGCAAGAACCUUUUUCUGCGGGAUAAGAAGAAGAAAGGCUUAUGGCUGGUUACUACGCUAGCUGAGAGAGAAGUUAACUUGGGAGACUUGGGAAAGAAACUUUCCGUUUCUGGUGGAUUGAGAUUUGCAGAUGAGGAUGUAAUGAUCGACACUCUGAAUGUCGCUCAAGGCUGCUGUACUCCACUCGCUCUUUUCAACGACAAGGAUCGUAAAGUUCAGUUCAUCCUCGAUGAUGACUUUAUCAACGGAGGCCAUGAGCAAAUCUUCUUUCACCCGAUGGUCAAUGAAGCUACACUAGGAAUGUCUCCACAAGAUUUUCUAAAAUUUCUUGAAGCAAUAGAACAUAAACCAACACUCAUUAGCUUUCAGUAGACAGCAGUAACAGCAAUAAAAUGUGAACGUUAUUCUCUAUUAAAAUUGUAAAUCCAUGAUAUAUUCUGUAUAUUACAGUUGUAUGACUAA